AUGGAGCCUUUCACUGCCAUUGGGCUGGCCGCCAGUAUCAUCAACAUAGUCGACUUUGCGCUCCGGGUUGUCUCAAAGGGCAACAAAAUCUAUCACUCUUGUGAUGGGGUUCACUCCGACCACGGCGAUCUGGAGCUCGUCGCCAACGACAUGCUGUUGUUGCAGAACAAGCUUCAGGUUGCCUCGUCGCCGUUCAAUCAAAAAGCCAAGCUCAACGAUGAUGAUAGGGCACUUCACGAACUCUCAACUGCCGCCAACGAAGUUGCAGCUCAACUUUUGCAGAAAAUGAACAAGGCCAAGGUUCAGGGACGGUUUCGUCGGUGGAAAAGCCUUAGGCAGGCUGUCAAGAGCGUGUGGUCCAAACCUGAAGUCGAUGGGAUGGCUACUCGGUUGACCACGAUCAAAGACCAGAUUCAGUUGAGGGCCAUGGUGUCACUUAAGCCAGUCCACUCCUCGAUCAGUUUCCUUGGCUUUGCUAACCGCAAUCCCAGGCAGGAUGUUGAGCAUACGAGCUCCCAGAAUUGGCAAGACCAGAUGACUGUGCGCCGGGCGAUAAUGGAUUUGACGAAACAGGUACAGAGGAGCAACAUUUACGAUUAUAGUGAUCCGGACCCUGCAGACACACCGUUCAUAGGUCAGGCAUUUCCAACCAUCAAAUCAACUUCCAGAGGGGGAAGAAGUGCCCUAUCUGUAUUCAAGGGGUUAAUGGAAGCAUACAUGCAGCAUUUUUCUAAGCCCGGCUUCAAAGUGCCGGAGGACCACCGCAACUCUGAGCAAUUAGAGCAGCUGUGGUUGAGGACGAUCACGAAUACACUAUUUGUGAACCAUGUGGACUCUCGCCUCGAAGCAAUAUCGGAGCGGCACGCCGAAACAUUCUCCUGGAUAUUCGAAGAACGUCAAAGUAAGACCUCACCCUGGAGCAGCUUCCCCGCGUGGCUACGAUCAGGAACCGGAAUCUAUUGGAUUCAUGGUAAGGCGGCCUCUGGGAAAUCCACCCUCAUGAAAUAUGUCACUUUGGAUACAAAAACCGCGAAGCUCCUUCAAGAAUGGGCAGGUGAUCACUCUUUGGUCGUUGCGCAUUUCUUCUGCUGGAAUUUAGGCGCGGAAUUCCAAAAGACUCAAGCUGGUUUAAUCAGCUCCCUUGUACACCAGAUUUUCACCCAACACCCAGAACUGGUCAAAAUCGUUCUUCCUGAAUUAUGGGAAGAAGUAAAGGCCCAACCGAGCUUUCUUCUGGAGAUUUUGUCAGUCAAAUGGUACUCUUGGACCUUCCAAGGACUUCGAGAACUUCUCACCACCAUCAUGUCUCAUCACCAGUUUCCAGCGAAGUGGUGUAUCUUUAUUGAUGGUCUCGACGAGUUCGAUGGAGAGCACCAGGAUAUAAUCUCGAUCGUUCAGCAACUUGUCUCGAUCGACAAUGUCAAAAUCUGUCUCUCCAGCAGGCCACUUGUUAGCUUCGAGGACGUGUACGGACCUUGCCCCCAACUCCGCCUCCAAGAUCUCACUGCUGGAGACAUUAAGCUCUAUGUGUUCGAGAAUCUUGCGAAGAGUAAGCGGUUCCAGGACUUUUCUGGCCAGCAGCCCGUCCGGGUUGAAGAUCUUGUCCAGAAAGUCGUCGACAUGUCCUCAGGGGUCUUCCUUUGGGUCAUUUUGGUCGUGCGGUCAUUGCAGCAAGGCCUGGCAAAUAGGGAUCAGUUGUCUGACCUCGAGACGAGGCUUCGUCAGUUGCCGCCUGAACUUGAGGAUCUCUUCCAGCUCAUGUUAUCCAGCAUACGGCCACGUUUCUACAUCGACCAAGGUUCGAGGUUGUUCCAAAUCACGUACCAAGCAGGGGAGCAAAUCUCGGCGUUACAAUUGUCCUUUGCCGAUGACAGUGAUGACUCGUUGUGCUUGUCGACCUCCGUCGGCAGUCUGGAUCCAUUUUGCGCAGAGUCUAGAUUCGAUUCUAUCAAGGCUCGUGUCAAGACCAGGACCGCUGGUCUCCUGGAAGUUUUGGGCAAUGGUCCUUCAGCCAUAAAAACGACUUCUGGCCCAUCUUUCUUCACAUCAGCAGCUCAAGAAGUACGGUGCAGAUCGAAACAAGAUGGAACUGCGAACGGCGACAGUAUCUCUUCCUGGUCGUCACAGCCAAAAAAGCGCUACCGCAAGAGACCUUCUCUUGUGUCGAAUCUUCGAGACCUAAAUCAUCAAAACGAACGUCCUCUACGAAACAACACAGCAGCUGAGAAGUCCACAUCACGGCCUCCGUAUCUAUCGUGCGACGUGGCCAACUCCCUAAGAGGACGUGGAAGACUUAAUCCCACGCUGAAAGAUGGUCAUGUGAUGCCUAUAUCGAGCCCAGAAGACUUGGUUCACAGCGUCGAAUUUGACGACUCCGAAGCAUCUCCCGGGAUCCCCAGACGGAUUGCCAGAGAUGUUACUCCUGAGAGAUCGCCGCAUCCAACACCCAGCCCAGAACCUGCCCCACAACUCGGCUUGAGCUCUUACCCGGUGCAAUAUCUUCAUCUGACAGUUCGUGACUUUCUGGAGAAACCGGAUGUUUGGGCGUUCCUGCUCGCUCGCACCAACAACUCCGACUUCGACUCCAGCGUCUGCUUGGCCCGAGGCUCUUUAUUGUCUCUUAAGUACCACGCAACUCUCAAUCCGGGCAAAUGGGACUCGAAAGUAACUUCUCACGUAAAAUCUACAGUCCGGUUCGCUGGACAGGCUGAGAGCAGCACAGGAGUUGCCCCGAUUCAACUGCUCGAGGAGCUCGAUCGCGUGUGCACCGCCUUGCAUGGCCCGCAAAUGGGAACAAAGCACUGGUGUUCCGGAAUGCAACAUGGCCUGCCUCCCUGCUCACGCUGUCCUACUACAUUUCUCACCUACGCAAUUGCUCUAGGCAUGACAUUGUUUGUCCGAGCGAAGAUCGGUCCUUGCCUUGAAGAAGUCAACCGUUCAUCCCGCACUCCGCUUCUCAUCCAUGCAACAAUUCACUGCCACGGUAACGAUACGGUGCAUCAGUCGAUGAUCGCAUUCCUUCUACGGUCAGGACUCGAUCCCAACGAGCGGAGACACCCGGCACUUCUGACGCCAUGGGAAGAGGUUUUGGCCAAAGUCGACGAGCGUGUGAAUAAUCAAACCACUCGCUGGUCAACGGACGUCUCGUGGCUCGAAGUCUGCAACCUAUAUCUGAUGUACGGCGCCAACAGCACCGCGUGCGCACCGAGCGGGACUCCUGCCACAGAACUGCUACUCACGGCGUUCUAUCAUCUGCCGCAAAGGCAUGUUGACCAACUCAAGCCUUUACUUGGGAUCACGCCUUACGACUCGGAUGAAAGAGGGGUCAAGCGAAAAGCCGCAUAUCUAGGUGAGUACUUCCCCUCAAAGAGGCCGAGAAAUGGAGAAGACAUUAUGCAGCCUUGA